GGCCCGCCUGGAUGAUCAGCUGUUUGUUGUUUUCAUUUUUGAUUUAUUUACGUGCGUGCGUGCAGGAAGAGUGUUUUUAUUUGGAAAGUAGAUAAUAAUAUAAUAUUACGACGUCUGUUAUCUUAUACGCGCUCGUCUGUCGUUUGGAUUUUCGAUUAUUCGAUCUGUUCUUGAAUAAAAACAUUUUAUUAAUAUUGUUCUUGUCCUGUUAUAUUGUUUUUACGGAAAACCAACUGACGAUUGACGCUGCCAACUGGAUUACCGUUGAUCUCUUGGAACACCAACCAUCACUAGAGUUUUUCAAAUAACCACCCGCUGGUACGGUUACGAUGAUUCCAGAUGAUUCCAGAUGAUGAGUCCAUGAUGGCAUUUCCAUACGUUAAAGUGAUAUUUGAAAUUGGUCAUGAGGCGUCUGUUAGAAACAAACGAACACCAGAAGGGUUCACUCAUGACUGGGAAUUGUUUGUUCGUGGUGCUGACAAUACAGAUAUACAUUUCUUUAUCGACAAGGUUGUGUUCCAUUUACAUGACACAUUUCCAAAUCCAAAAAGAGUGGUUAAGGAACCACCAUAUGUCGUGAAAGAAUCAGGAUAUGCUGGUUUUCCGUUACCUAUUGACAUAUAUGUAAAAAAUAAAGAUGAACCAAGAAAAAUUAGAUUUAAUUAUGAAUUGGUACUUCAAGAACGUGGAUUACCGCCUAUGUCUAAAGUGACUAGAGAAACCUAUGUAUUUAGCCCUUCAGAAGAUUUCAGGCGAAAGCUUAUCAGAGGCGGAGGAACUAGUGUCUUAUCUCAUGAUGGAACUGAAGCAAAAAACUCCAAUACAAGUUCUGCCAUAUCAAAACAAAAAUCAAUUACAAAUACUAAUAGAUUGCCAUCACCUCCACCAAAAAAAAAUAAAAAAGAAGAUAUAAAACUAAAUAAUACAUUUGCCACACUUUUUGGGUCUCCAAUACAACCUUCUAAGUUACCACUGACUACAUCAAAAUCAACAUCACAAAAACUAACUUCCUCAGACAAAUCACAAGUUAAAAUUAAAAGUAGUCCACACCAUAAGGAGGAUAAAAAAGAUAAAGAUAAAGAAAGAGAUAAAGAGAAAAAAAAGUUGAAAGAAUUAUCAAUAGAUAAGGUGAAAAAAGAGAAAGAUAAAAAAGAAAAAUCUAAAGAAAGUUCUGAAAAAUCAAAAUCUCUCAAACAAAGUAGUUCUAAAACCGAAAAAAAAGAAUCUACUCACCACGAAAAAAUUAAAGAAAAGUCAAAUGACACUAAAUUAGAAAAGAAAGAAUUUAAGGAUAAAAGUAAACGAGAAGAUAAAGUAAAGGAGAAAAAUAAAGAUAAGUCUCAUAAAGAUGAAAAGUCAUAUCAUGAAACCAAAAUUAUUAAACAAGAUAUAAAAACUGAAUUUAAUGAUCAAGAAAAAAAGAAACAUAAAAGUUCGCCAGAAUCAAUUAAAAUUAAGUCUGAUAAAAAAAUAGAAAAAUCUGAAAAGUCAUCUAAACCUCAUAAAAGUCAUAAAGAGCAUAAGAAAAGAGAUAAGAGAGAUAAAGAAGAAAAAUUAAUCAAAAAAGAAGAAAAAUCUAGUUUUGUUGAACAAGAACCUUCUUACAAACACCUUGAUAUACCUCAAAAUACUACUUUAAUAGAAGAAUUCCCAAAAGUUAAGGAAGAAAUCGUAGAGUCUUUGCCGCCGCCAAAAGCUAAUUCUUCAAGAGUUCAUGAACCUGAACUUGAGUCUGAAGAAGAAUUCCUCUCCGAGGAUAGUGAACCACCUUAUCAACCACCAGAACCACCAAAACUUAAAGAACCAGAACCACCCAAAAAGAAACUUUCUCCUGACAAUAAUUUUAUAAAAAAGAAAAAACGGAAAAAGAAAGAACGUGAUGCAGAAGAAACAAAACCAAAAACCAGCCGACUGGAGAUUUCAGAACAUGUACAAGAAACGUGUUCAGACAUUUCGAGAUCGCCAUCACCGUCACACAGUAACAACAAAUUUACUGAUGAAUAUAUUAACUCAUUAAAACAUCUUCAACACAAAAUAAUGAUGUUAGAAGAUGAAGAUCUUCAAAGGGUAGUCACUGUAAUCGCCGAAACUGGUCAUUAUGAAAUAACUACAAAAACGUUUGAUUUUGACCUCUGUGCUUUAAAUGAAACCACUGUGAAAAAAUUACAAGAACUUAUAACUUAGUUUAUUUAAUCUAUAAUAUAUUUAUAUAUUUAUAAUUACAAUAUUUACAUAUAAUGUGAACUUUUAUUUAUUUGAUUAAAACUGAUACAUAAGUAGUAGCAGAACUCAAUAAAUAAAUAUAUUAUAUUACCUUUUUUUGAUAUGAUUAAAUUGCAUUUUGCACAAGUCUAUAUGACUGUAAUGAAACGGUAUAAUAAAUGAUAAUACUAUUGUAAAUAACAAUAAUUAUGAUGUAAUUUGCGAUAAAAAAUAUAUUGUCCAAUAUUUCCCUGUUAUGGACUUAUUUUUGAAUUAUGUGAAUUUUAAUAUACAUUUUUUUUUAGUAGUUGAAUAUUUCUCUUAAAUUACAUGAAAUUUUAUUGUACAGAAAACAGUUUAAAAACUUUAUUUUUAACUACACUUUUUUUUUUUUUUUUGAGGGGGGUUCAAAACUGCCAAAGAACUCCAAAUGGUUGUUUAGAAUUACUGUAUGUAUCAUAACUCUUUAAAUUUUGUAUUAAAGUAUUUUACAUUGAUGACUAAUCAUUUGUAAGUAAUUAAUUUACUUUAUAAGUUAUUGAUUUUAUUUAUUUAUUUUUUUUUUUUUUUGCCUAAUUUUAGAAACAAGUAUUGUUUGAUGUUUUUGUUGCCUUUAAAUUAUAAAUUAUUUUAAAAAUCAUAA